AGCAAAGAAAAAUGACAUCGAACAUCUGGCUCAAUGCGUCAGAUACCCACAAAACCGACAACCCAUUGCUCGUUGCUCCCAACCAAGUUUUUGGGUUGGAUAAAGCCAUCACUCACUCCCUCCUUAGCAGACAGCUUGCAACCUGUAUCUUUCUAUUCUUAGAGUGUCUUUUGGGUAUCCUAGUUUUCGGUAGCAUUGGCUGUGAUCUACUGACGAGAAAAGUCGACAACGACUGAGAAUACAGCACAAAGAUGAAGCCUUACCACCAUCACCAUGGCGAUAUCCCUCCCAGCAAUAUCCCUCUCUUGACAUGUGCCUUGUUGGCCGCCUUGACUACAGGAGGACCAACCUAUGCAUUUGGCUUGUACAGCUCCGAGCUCAAGGAAAUGCUCCAACUGAGUCAAUCGCAGCUGGAUACGCUGUCAUCGGCCAACUUUUGUGCCGGAUUGCUCACUUGGAUUCCAGGUCUCCUGGUGGAUCGCUACGGUGUCAAAUUCUCGCUGAUACUCGGUGGUGGUCUGGGAGCCACCUUUAUGACGGCAUAUUGGGCCGUGGCACGACAAUUGAUUCCAGUUUCGCAUCACACCAUCCUGCCCACACUGUGCUUGUUGGGAGUCUUGAUUUUCAUGACCAACGGGUUGGUCAUUGGCAGUAUCUUCAAACUCAUUGUCGCCACAUGUGCGCCCCAUACCAAAGGAUCCGCCGUAGGCGCCGCGAAAGGUUACGUCGGACUGGGCAGUGGCGUCUAUGCCUGUUUGUUUCGGGCCCUCAAAACACCACUGGUCAGUGACUUGGACUUUUUACCACUGGCCGCCAUUCUGGCCGUGGUGGCCGGCAGUUUGCCCGCCAUGAUGUUGUUACCCAACAAGGCAGAGCUCGAUCAUAUUUUGGACACGACACCCCGUAUUCAUUUGGAUCAAACCACGGCACAGCAUUUGAGGUUCUUGUAUGUGGGAUUGAUCGGAUUGGCCAGUAUUGUCGUGGGAACCACACUGGCGUCACUGGGGGAAGAUUCCUACCACGACGAGGAAGAAGAUGCCGAAUUCCAGACUGCGACAGCUCAUCCUCAGUAUGGUCGGGCCUUGUUGGUGAUUACUGCAUGGAUUGGACCGAUACUAGGACUCUUGAUUUUGCCACCCAAAUCGAGAUGGUUACACGACAAUCACUACGAGGAAAUUUCGCACGAGGAAGUGCAGGAUAUAAGAGACAUUGUGGCCAGCAUUGUAGAGUACGGAAGCACCGAUCAGGAUGACGACGAGGAAGAAGAUGAGCAGCAGCCAUUCAACUGGAAGCCACUCUCCAAAUCCUCAUCCUCGCCGGCUCUGGCGUAUGGUGCGGAAAUUACCCAAUCCGUGCAAAUCAAGAGCGAUGCUCCGGAGGGAAUGCUGGGAGCCAAAAUUCGUCGAUCCGAAUGUAUCCCUGUUCCCAACUUUACUUUGCGAGAAAUGCUACAGACCACACCCGCAUGGCUAUUUCUCUGGAUUGCCAUCAUUCGAGUCGGCGGGGGCACCAUGGUCACCAACAAUAUGGGACAAAUGGUAGAAUCACUUCAUCUAAUACCCAUGCACACGACAACCCCCGCCAGUUUGGCACUCUUUAGCGUCGCCCAAGCAGCCUCUCGCGUCAUUACCGGCGCCGUCUCGGAUUCCGCCUUGUCCUGGAAUAUUGCCUGGCAGUACACGACCAAAUCAGGGGACCAGUACGAAUUGCAGGGAAUCCCCCGGCCGGCAUUCUUGAUGGUGGCCUCCCUGGCCGGAGUCUUGGCACACGUCUUCUUGUCCCUGACCACCACUCGCAACUUUUUCCUCCUGGGCGUUUGCUUUUCGGGGGCUGCGUUUGGUAUGAUUUGGCCUCUCAUGGUCCUCAUUGUUGGAGAAGUUUUUGGAACAGCCAAUAUGGGUGCCAACUACAUGUUGUACGACGGCAUUUCCAGCGCCUUUGGGACACUGCUGCUCAGCAAGUUCGUAACGCAAGAUGUCUACGAACGACACAUUGAAAGCGAAGGGAGUCGCACUUGUUUUGGACAGCAAUGCUUCUUUGGGGCUCAUAUCAUUAUUGCUAUCCUCUCCUUUACUUGCGUGUUGGCCAGCUACUGGUUCUACAUUGCCACAAGGCAUGCCUAUGCAAGGCGUCGCGAACCAGAAUCACCGUAAGGAGGUCGCAGCAAUCCAACAGCCAACUUUGAACCAGCCCAGCCAGCUAGCUACGUGUGUGCAUUACCAUGUCCUAAUAACAUCUACUACUGUUGU